AUGAAGCUGGCUGGCCGAGCAUCCUGCUUGCUGACGCACCGGUGGAUUUUUGCUUCUGGUCCUUAUUUCGGUUCCCGGUCUCCGGUCCAGCAAGGCCUCUUAUCAACAGCGGCUGCCCUGCCGCCCAAACAGAUCCCUUCCAGAGCCUUCCGGAUAUGGUUAACCCCUGUCAAGCAAGGGACUUCUGGAAUUCAGAGUCUGAGGCACUCGGCUGGGACAUCAGGAAUUCACGGGCAUGGCUGGCAGGUUGAAGAAACCAUAUAUUUUGGAGUCCAGAAAAGACUGAAAAAUCCAUCAUAA